GUGUUUUUUUUUAAAUUUUUUUUAUUAAUUACCGGAGAUACCUGGUGAAGGGGAUCAAACAUCAUGAACAGCGUCACGGAGCUUGAAGAUGGACCGCAGCACAAGACUCAGAGGAGGAGCUGUAGUUACCUCCUGUGCACCAUCCUGCUCUUCAUUGCUGUGCUACUGGCUCUCACCGUAACAGGCACCAUCCUCUUAAUGAACCACUCCCAGGCAUCCUCAGGCCCUGAUGCUCCGCCUGUCAUCACUACCAAUCAAGAUGAAGGCAACGCACUGGUGACAGUGGAGAGAGGAGAUGGCUCCCGCAUUAACAUCUUCAUCGAGCCCAACUGCCCCGACUACAACAGCAACUUCUUGCGACUGGAGGGGGUUCAGACGUCACUGCUGCACUCGCUCAGCCACCAUGACACAGACCUGAAGUCCGUUAAAGGACAGGAGCGAGGUCUUCUCGUCCAACUGGCCGAGGAGAUCGCUAAGCUGUCAGCCCACAUUAAUCAGCUGAAGUCGGAGUACAACGUGCUGAGGCAGGGCCAGAGCAGCAUCAGCCAGGAGAUCAGCAUGCUGCAGACCGAGCAGGCCAGGCUCAUCCAGCUGUUGUCAGAGACUCAGAUCAACAUGAUGAAGGUUGUAAACUCUCUCCACGACAUGCUUGACGCAGUGCAUAAGGACGCAGGCGGCGAGAGGGGGCUCCUGAAGGCGGAUCUGCUUCAGAAGGCUCCGGUUCGCAGCGGCGUCCGGCCCAGAGGAUGCGCCAGAGGAGACGGCUCCCAUCCCAGAGACUGCAGUGAUAUCUACGCCAGUGGACAGAGGGAAGAUGGGAUCUAUUCGGUGUUUCCUAUUCACUUCCCGUCAGGUUUCCAGGUUUACUGUGACAUGAGCACUGACGGAGGAGGCUGGACGGUCUUUCAGCGCAGAGAGGAUGGCUCCGUAAACUUCUACAGGGACUGGGCUGCAUAUCGUGAGGGCUUCGGGAAGAUCACAGGGGAACAGUGGCUUGGACUGAAGCGGAUUCACGCUCUGACCAUCCAGGCUAAUUAUGAGUUGAGGAUUGACCUGGAGGACUUUGAGAACAGCACUUCCUUCGCGCAGUAUGGAUCCUUCGGCGUUGGAUUGUUCUCUGUUGACCCGGACGAGGACGGCUACCCGUUGAGCAUAGCGGACUACUCAGGAACCGCUGGUGACUCAUUACUCAAACACAACGGCAUGAAGUUCACUACAAAGGACAAGGACAACGAUCACUCGGAGAACAACUGUGCAUCCUUCUACCACGGAGCCUGGUGGUACCGGAACUGCCACAUGUCCAACCUGAACGGACAGUACCUACGAGGCCAGCACUCGUCUUACGCCGACGGCAUCGAGUGGUCCUCCUGGACGGGCUGGCAGUACUCGCUAAAAUUCACGGAGAUGAAAAUCAGGCCUAUAUGUGAGGAAAAUUAG